AGCAGAAACGGGGGAUCAAAAAGAGGGAGGUGAGCGUAGAGAAGGAGGAGCAGAAAGUGAGGAAGGAGGAGGGGAAGGAUUGGAAGAGAAGAGUCAGUCAGGAACGGCGAGACGAGUCAGUGACCGGCCGGGAGAAGCGGACCGAGUGUGAAGUCGACAGACGCGUGUGCGUGCGGGUGUACGUGCGUGUGUGGGUGCGCGGAGAGGGAGAUUGCACGGAUUCUAUCAGUCUGGACCGAAGAUGAGGAGUGACCCAAUAAUUUUCACUUCCAACCGGGCCAUGGAGGAGCUGGUGUGUGAGCUUCGACUGUUCCUGGACUUGCUCGACCGGGAGUAUCUGAGUGCUGGGGUCAGGGAGAAGAAGUUGCACCUUUCCAACAUCCUACACAGAGUCCUGUCAGACAAAGAACCGUCAUUCAAAUCUGAGAUUCACAAUGGCCUCCCAGCCCCACCUCAGAUGCCUCUGCCUGAGAUUCCUCACCCCUGGCUGGCCCCUACCAAUGGACCACCACCACUGCCCAGCUCCUCUUUACCCGAAGGCUACUAUGAGGAGGCAGUUCCUCUUGGGCCAGGAAAAGCUCCUGAAUACAUCACUUCCAACUAUGACUCAGAUGCCAUGAGCAGUUCAUAUGAGUCGUACGACGAGGAAGAGGAAGAUGGAAAAGGUCAAAAAAUGCGCCACCAGUGGCCUUCUGAAGAAGCGUCGAUGGAUCUGGUGAAGGACGCUCGCAUCUGUGCGUUCCUGCUCCGAAAGAAACGCUUUGGCCAGUGGACCAAACUUCUUUGUGUGAUCAAGGACAACAAACUUCUGUGCUACAAGUCCUCCAAAGACCACACACCACAGAUGGAACUAACCUUGUCUGGGUGCAGCAUCACUCACAUUCCUAAAGACGGAAAGAAGAAGCGGCAUGAGCUGAAGAUUGUCCACCAGGGGGCAGAUGCUCUUGUGCUAGCGGUGCAAAGCAAGGAACAGGCCGAAGAGUGGCUUAAGGCCAUGAGGGAAGUGUGUGCCAACGGGAGCUUAGACUUGGAUGGACUCGGGACUUUACACAAACCUGAACUGGAGAAGAAAUCCUCCUUUGAUCGGCCCAGUUCUGAUGGAGAGGCGGCUCAUGAAAAUGGACAUGUGGACUCCAAGGAUCAAGGUAAAGGCAAGAAGAACUCCAAAUCAGACCACAAAUCUGGCACUGUGGGAAAGGGUGCUGGGAAGACCAUCACCAAAAUUAUUGGGCUGGGAAAGAAGAAGCCGUCUACUGAUGAGCAGACGUCCUCAGCAGAGGAAGACGUGCCCACUUGUGGUUACCUGAAUGUUCUGUCCAACAACCGCUGGCGAGAGCGCUGGUGCCGGCUCAAAGACAACCAGCUGCUCCUUCACAAGGACCGGGACGACCUCAAGAGUCACAUCGCUUCCCUGCCACUGCGGGGCUGCGAGGUCAGCCCUGGUCUGGACCACAAACACCCCUUUGCCUUCCGCCUGCUUCGGAACGGCCAGGAGGUGGCAGUACUAGAGGCAUCUUCCUCUGAAGGGAUGGGUCGCUGGCUCGGGGUCAUGUUGGCAGAGACGGGCUCCAACACCGAUCCAGCUAAUCUGCACUACGACUACAUUGACGUGGAGACCACCGCCAACGUAAUCCAGUUGGCCAAACAGUCUUUCUGUUUUACAAGUAAACGUGCCGUCUCACCAAACCGAUAUCUGGAGAACCCAGUCAAUGGCUACGCCUGUCCCAGUGGGAUGGCUUUGCACUAUGAUGACGUGCCCAUCAAUGGAAUGGAAGAUGAGGUGCGUUACUCCCGUCCAACCUCAAAGGGACAGCCACUGGACAAGGAGGCGCACUAUGAAAACACUGAACUAUAUGAGAACAUGCCCUCUCCAAAGCUCGCUAACCGCUACCCUCCAAAACUAACCUCUCCUUCCACAAAUCACUACAAAACCCCGGUCUCUAAAGUCUCCUCCAAGUUCCUCGCUGCUGACUCUAAAAAGAAAGACACAGCUCAGCUGAAGGGAAAGAAGACGUCCAUGGUGAAUGGACUGGCAUCCAAACAAAAGACGGAGCCAAAGAAUCAGAGCAAGAAGAGUGAAGCCAGUCGGACUAACGGGGCUGCGUCUCUGAAGAGGAACGCCUCCGAUGCAGAUCAGUGCAAAUACGGGAAGAACCGCGUGGAGGCGGAUGCGAAGCGGCUGAAGUCCAAAGAGGAAGAACUGAUGAAGAAGAAGAUUGAAAUCCGAAACCAUCUGACUCGACUGAAGAAUGAGAGGAAGGACUUGCGCACGGCUGUGGAGGCUGCUGCUGGUAAGCGCUCUCAGGCCUCCUUGACAGAGCGACUGAAGAAGGUGGAGGAUGAGUGCAGGAAGAAGGAAGAAGAGCGGGUCAACUUGGAGCUGGAGCUAACGGAGGUGAAGGAAAAUCUGAAAAAGGCCCUGAGUGGAGGAGUGACUCUGGGACUGACUAUUGAACCGAAGGGAGGGGUCUCAGGUCUGCAGUCUCCAGCUCUGCUUCGACGGGCACAGGAGUCCUCUCCUUUCUCCAGCUGUGACACCAGUGACACUGAGUCCUGCUCGCUGCCUGUGAACAGCGCUUCUCUGCUGCGUAGACAGCAGGGCGGGCAAAAGCCCUCGCCAGUCCGGGGUCAUGUGCUCCGGAAGGCCAAGGAGUGGGAGCAGAAGAGUGGAACAUGAACUCCUGACAUGCAGCUUGUUUUUAAUCCUAUGAUUUGGUUUUACUCUUUGGAAAAAUAUGUGUAUAUAUUUAUUUAAAAUCUUCGAUCAGAUUCAGUGUGCUGGUGAAGACCGUGGAAGAGCCUUAAACUGGAUCUCGUCUCUGGUCGUUCUCCCUUCUCUCCUCCAUCACUUUUCCAGAUCAGUCAAUUUGUCACUGCAAACUUAAGUAUUUAUUUGUAUAUGUUUUAAGGAGAAGCAACAUUCCCUUGUUUAUUUAUGUCGAUAUAUUUAAUGGCUCUUUCGAGUGGUUGUUUGUCAGGUGUUGGUGCGAUUAAACGCAAUCCUUUUCAGGCUGAAUCAUCUAAUUUACUUGAGAUGAUAAACUGUGGAGUUGAUGCACAAGGAUCCGAUUGUUGUGGUUUCAUGUUAAGAUCCUCCUCCUUCAUCAUUCAUUUUAGAAUCUGUCAUGGAGCUGAACCUUGUCGCCGGCACCUCUCAAACAAAACUGGAGGGUCUUGUAAAUACAUUCUGUACUCACAUGCGCAGUUGUGGUGCACGUUUGUGUCAGAGGAGCUUCACAAAUAUUUAGCAUCAUCUAAGCAAACGUCAGUCUGCAGAAGAACAACAACAGCUCAUGCAUCAGUGUUGUUUUUGCACCUUAUUCAUGUUCUGCUUUGUUUACAUUUAUAUUUCAGACGGUCGCCGCCUCGGCGACUCACAUGCUUGUAUAUAACUUUUAAUAAACUAACCAA